AUGGGAUCGUGCUUCGGGAUCAAUCAUCAUCACAAUAAUUACAAAACCCCAGUUUCUGAAAGUAUUCCGUCCCAAAAGCUAAAUACGACCCUUGAAAUGCAAAGAGAAUUAUUUGCUCAAAAUUACCUUGUUAACAUCAAAAAAUUGAUGUAUGUUCCGCGGCUAAGAAUAGAAAACAGUAAUCUAUACAACAAAAGAAUCCGAAGAAAAGCAUCUGAAAUAGAUAUAUUGAAUUUGAUUGAACUUAAAGAAAAAGAUGAAAUUGUAAAUGUUACAAAUGAACCAUUAACAAGUGGAAUCUCGCCCUCAACUUGCACUGCAAAUGAAAUCAAUGAAUUUCAAAGCGGUUUAAAUUAA